CAGGGAAUAUCUCUUGGGAAUUUGGGGCCCUGCGUGGGUAGCCGGAAGGCAGAGGCUUGGGAGUUCCUAUUAGUAAGGGGCGAACCGUGGCUGUGAGCCCCAGUUAAAAACUGUCUAUACCACGCAACCAACCUCACCCUCACCACCCUCCUCCGCCAAAAUCUUUAAUUUUGGUCGAGGGAAAAAGAGUGGAAGGAGUGGCCUGUUCUUCCUCUCUGAAAGCCCUCAGAACCUGGACUCUUCAGCGAACCCUAGUGUUGGAAGGUGCAACAGUCAGGAGUCAAGGUCGGGCUGCGGCUGUUAGAGUGCUUCGGGACUCCUCGGUUUUCUAAUGAGAAGUGUGCGCCCUGCAGAUUGGGGCUCCAUUAGUCUCGGGGAAGGGUUUCUCUCCGUUUAGCGUUCACCUUCUCGGUUUGGGGUAAGAGGAGCCUCCCCGGAGUUCGGCGCGAACUGCGCGCUCUGGCCGCAAUGGGGCCGUGGCGGCUCCCCCUCCUGGUGGCGGCUCUGGCCGGCUGCCUGCUUCCUGCCCGGGGCUGUGUCAUGUGUGAUCCAAACGUCGUGGAGGCGCUGAACUCCUUGGAGACGGAUUACCUGCCUGGCCACCUGGAGGCCAAGCAUCACAAAAACGUGAUGAAAAGGGUAAAGCAGGCAGUGGAAGCUUUCAAGGACCUGCCGAUUGACGAGGAUUCCUAUAUGGGGGUCGUCGAUGAGGCCACACUGGAAAAGGCAGCUUGGAGUUUGCUGAAGGAUCUGAAACGCAUCACGGACAGUGAUGUAAAAGGCGAGCUCUUCGUGAAGGAGCUGUUAUGGACGUUGCACCUGGCAAAGGAUAACUUUGCCAGCUACGCUGCUCAGUUUCAAAAAACGGCGUUUUGUCCCAACAAAUGUGGUUUGAUGUUGCAGCCUCUGAUCUGGUGCAGUACCUGCCAGAAGCAGGUUCACUCUUGUCGAAAGUCCUCGAAUUGCGGAGGUGAGAAAGCUGGGCCCAGCCGGAGGGGUUGGCGCAAGAGGGGCGGAGCCAGAGGAGAGAUCAAGCGUCUAAAGAGGUCGGAGACUGGAGACAGCCAACAAGAAAAGGCGGGGCGAGACCAAGUGGAAGGGGGUUGGGAGAGGGCCCAGAACCAUGAAAGAGCAUCCCACAGUAACCGCCUAUUCCCAGAGCGCAAAGUCAAGGUCCAUCAGAUGGAAGAUAUGAUCCUGGACUGUGAGCUCAACUGGCAUAAACUCUCUCAAGGCCUGACCGAUUACAGCUUUUACAGGGUUUGGCGGAACAAUUCUGAGACCUUGAUGUCCAAGGGGAAGGAGCCCACGCUGACCAAGACCAUGGUGCGUCCAAAGGAUGCAGGCACCUAUCGCUGCGAGCUGGGCUCCGUGCAAUCCAGUCCAGCCACGAUCAUCUAUUUUCAUGUCACAGGUCAGUGCUGGGGAGUUGAGAGAAGUGGGAUUCAGGGUCCUGGUGUGUGUGUGGGGGCGGCUUCAGGGGAGUGGCCUGCUUCAGGGGCGUGGCUUAUGGGGCAUAACUUCCCAUCGGGGUGUGGUUUCAGGCCACGAGGGUAUGGCUUCCUGUCCUGAGUGUGGCCUCUGGCCACUGGGCCAGGACUCCCUUGUGGGUGUGUUGGGGCUUCACGCAGUUGGAGGCGUAAUUAUGUCCCGGAGGGCCUGGGUCCUGGGGCAAGUUACUGUGGGGAGAGCUUGCCUUGGCCUUGGCAGGACCUUCGCGCCCUCCCAGGACUGCUCCUUAACCCUGUUCUAUCAGUAUUGCCCAAAAGAAUCGUGGAGGAGAUACCGUCACCAAACACUGAAACCGAGGAUGAGGUGGCCCCAGGUGAGGUGACUUUGGAUCGCCCCCAGACGGCCACAACCCUCCAGUCACAGUCUCCGAAGCCAGAGAAAGUACU